CUGCCUAAGAAGCAUCAUCAAUGGCUUCCCAUGAGAAGCAAAAGAAAAGUUUCAUGUCCAUUUAUAAGUCCACCACCGGCAAUCAUAUAAAGCCGAUGAUACCACCACCAGCUGUGGUGGUGGAUAAGAAAUCCAUUCAACGAAGUUGGUUUUCAAGGAAAUCGAAAACGUGCAACAAGGAAAUUGAGCAAGGUGGCCAGAGAGUCAUAGAGGGAGGAGUUGGAGGUGUGGGACAAAUAUUAGUUGAAGCAAGGAAAUCAGUUUCCCAUGUUGAAACCAAUUUGGCAUCAGUGGCAACAUUUCUUCAAGUCAAGGUCUUGGUCUCUGACAUGCCUGAAUUCAUGCAAGUGCAUGCCUUUCGUUGUGCAAGGCGUACUCAUGAUAGCUUGGAGAAGUUCAGCUCUAAACACAUGGCUUUUAACAUGAAGAAGGAAUUCGAUAAAGUGUAUGGGCCGGCCUGGCAUUGCAUCGUGGGCUCAAGUUUCGGCUCGUUUGUGACCCACUCAACAGGCUGUUUCCUUUAUUUUUCAAUGGAUAAACUCUACAUUUUGUUAUUUAAAACGAAGAUCCAGAAAGCUUUGGAUUAAGGGUUAAUAGGAUUAUAGGUUUGUUUGAUCGAUCACUAAUGCCAGUAUGAUACUUUUUAGAAGCUAUUGUUUUGUGUUUGAUACUUAAAUUUGAUCCCUUAUUGUAUUUAGAAGUCUGAACAUGGAGAAGUAUUGUAAUAUGCUGUAACGUAUCUUACAAG